AGAGGGAGGGGGAGAAGGAGGGCUAGGCUGGAUUCCAAUAGUCAAAUUUGCUUAGGAGGGUUCCUAACUGAGUGAAAUUACCCGGAAGUAAUGAAUAGAUGUUGGAGAUGUUUGAGGUAAUAUUUUGGACUAUUCGAAUCCAGCGAGGACUUCUCCAGUAAAUCCAGACCUCAUCCUAUCUGAGUGGGCUGCAUAAACAUGAUGGAAACAGCACAGGGCCCCCCUCUUCCCCUCAGUGCCCUGCGCCUCCUGGUCCCACCGAUUCGACUGGUCUCAGCAGCCAUCUGGCAGACCGUCCAGCAGAGAGCCGUGUCCGACUAUGGGAUGCUGGAGGAGUUUGUUUCCGUGGUUACGGACAUGGUUCCAGAUCUACUCACCCUGCGCCAGAGGGCUCAGCUCAUCCUGGGCCUGAGAGCACGACUGAUCCUGGAGCUAUGUCAGUCCGACGCUACUGCCGACGUUGGGCAUGUUCAGCCACAUCUGGAGAGAGUGCAGAUGCUCAUCGAGGCUUUGGCAAUAGACGGCAGUGCUGCAAAUAUGAAAGUUCCACUCUCCAAAUUUGUGGAUCUGGUCAACAACUUGCUGAAAAAUCCUGAUGAAAGGGAACACUUCUUUCAGAAAGUUUUCCCUGAAGCGUUCGGUCCCGCCUACGACGACGCACUUCACGCCUUGAUGCGCAUGUUCCUGUCCAGACUCGAACGGUUUCUUCCUCUUCAAACGUUCCAGCAGGUUUCCUCCAUGUUUGAUGAGGGGUCGUCAGUUCUUGAGGAAUGUAUGCAGUCUGUGUCCCGGCGUGAGGAGCUUAAAGCCCUGCUGCAGUAUCACAAAGACCUGAGCUGCCUGGAUCCCAAUGAUGGUUUCUGUGACGGCGCCUGCAUUAUUUCAGCUCUCAAACUCACCGUUGAAGAAGGAACCCUGACCAAUGAACCACCAGCCAAUGUGUCAGACUCUACUUUGGAGAAAGGACCUUUGACAUCGUCCUGCGACACAACCGCAGAACGUCAGACAGACAGGAUAAACGUUGACGUAUCUGAUGUGAGUCCCAGGGAAAAGGGAACAGGGGGGCCUUUGGGAGAUGUUACAAGACAUCAAGGGCGCGUUCGCUGUCAUGCCGAAGAGACUUCUGAUCUUCUGAAACAAUGCCACGUUCAGCUGAGAAGGCUGGACGUGCCGCUGGCGCCGCCGACUCGGCCUGCGCGAGCGAACAGAGGCCUGAGGAUGAAAAGGAUUCUGAUGGAAGAGAAAAGAGGUCUUCGUGAAGAGGCCCUGCCCCCCUCCAGGAAAACAAAACCCUCCACUAGGGCUCUUCCACACGUCUCUGACAACGAGGAGUCCUCUUACAUGGCUCCCAUCGCCGACUGCAGUGACGGCUCGUGGUCUUACUACUCCGAUGAGGACUCCUGCCAUAAGGCUGCCGCCGGCAGUCUUAGUGCGGCUGAUUCCUGGUCCAACUACUCUGGUGACGAGUCGCCGUUUGGGACUCCCGCCGGUAGCUCUGCCGAAGGGGAGUCCAACGAGGACCCUAAACAGGUAUCGGCUGCCGGGAGAGAGUGGCCCGCCGCCGAUCGCGUCGCUCCAAAAAAGACUCGGAAAGUCCGGUGUUUCAUCUGCAACGAGCCGGUGAGCACGGGCCUGAGGGCCCACAUGAAGAGCCACUUCCCCGGUGGGGCCUACGCCUGCCCUUGCUGCGGCAGCAGGUUCAAGCUCCUGUCAUCGCUGAGGCUGCACUUGAACAGGACCUGCUUCGAGUACGGCCGGCCGCAGGCGGGCGAGUCCACGAACAUCUUCACGUGCGGCGAGUGCGGCGAGGCGUUCGGGCACAAAGUGUCCCUGGAGCGCCACAGACGGACGCACAGCGAGCUCUACUGCCACGUGUGUCGGAAGGUGUUGCGGGACGCGGCGACGCUGGCGAGGCACAAGGCCUCUCACACCCGGUUUCAAUGCAACCGCUGCGAGGAGACCUUCGCCCUGUUCAAGCCGCUGCUUCGGCACUGCGAGAACCUCCACGGGAUCAGGAGGCCGUUCCAGUGCAGCCACUGUCCCAAAGUGGUGGCCAAGCUGCGCACUUUGAUCGCCCACGAGUGGAAGCACACGGGCCGCCUGCCGUUCCAGUGCGCCCUGUGCCGCUCGGGAUUCAAAAGCGACGCGGACCUCACGUCCCACCAGAGGGUCCACACAAGGGAGAGGCCCUACCUGUGCGCAGAGUGCGGCAAAACGUUCUCCCAAAGGUCCAACCUGCUGCGGCACCUGAAUUUAAUCCACGGCGAGUCUCGCAACGACAAGAAGUACUCUUGUAGCGAGUGCGAGAAGUCCUUCAAGGAGAAAGGGUCCUUGAAGAAACACCAGAAGACCAAACACCUGCGCGAGUUGUUCCGUCACCCGUGUCCGUACUGCGGUAAGAUGGUCUCGGCGUCGACAAUGACGAGGCAUAAACUGAUCCAUACAGGAGAGAAGCCUUUCAAAUGCACCGAGCCCGACUGUGACAAGGACUUCAGGUCGGCGUCUGAAGUGAAGAGGCACGUGUUGAUGCACCACACCAUGGAGAGACCUUAUAAAUGUGAGGUCUGUGCAAAGGGCUUCAUCAAUGUGUGUUAUCUGGAGGCACACGCUAAAAUACACUCAGGAGAGAAGCCUUUUGUUUGUCAUUUCUGCAACAAGGCUUUCCCCACGCGCUACAGCAUGGAGAGACACAAGAAACUUGUGCAUGCAUUUGUAACGCAUUAACCCUGCAUGGGUUAAACAGCGGGGGACAUACGUAGUUCCAAUCAUUGAAAUCUUACUAUUUUCUAUAAGCAUUAUAAAACAAACUUGAACGAAACCAUGAGUUUGUGUGUGUGUGUGUGUGUGUGUGUGUGUGUGUGUGUGUGUGUGUUAUAGCUUGUAUUCUAAUUUGAAACUGAAAUAAAAAAUACAAUUGUGCACAAUAAUCAAUCAUGAUGACUGUAAUCUUUAUUUUAUGACAAGAAUGUAUUUGUAUAGUUUCUCAUUUAGGGAUUAAAUAAUGUCUCUGAUGUAAACUAUAAUGUAAACUGACCACAAUAUUGUA